AUGCUUCCGGUGCAAGAUGCUUCCCAGGUCAAAUCCAUCAAUGAGUUUACGGACUCCUUGGCCAAAGCUUUGGCGGAAGGUGACGGCAUCCCAUCCAAGGAGCUGACCCGCGAGCUCCUGGCGGAGGGCCUGCGACGGGCCUUGGAGAUCGGAGGCGAGGUUUGCAAACAGCGCUUCUUGGAGACAUUAGCUGCCAAUAUCCACAAGUUCGCGCUGCAGGAGCAGUAUUCGCUCUCCCGCGUGUACCCCGUUGAAAUCAGCUCCGAGUAUCGAAAUCUUCAGUCCUUCUUCAUCGAGUCUGCGACAGAAGGAGACGCCGAGGUGCCAAGUCGCGGGCUUGGUCUGCCCUUGUGCCAGUAUGACCAGGAGUUGGUGCACAAGUUCAAGGAGGAGCAAACCACUUCAGCUUUGAAGGCCAUCGACGUGAGGGCCCGCGCAGCAUUCUUCGCGGAAGUUCGUCUGAACCUCUUCAGGUUUUCGGAGACAGCGCAGAAAGAGCUUGUUGAGACCUUCACAGACCUGAAGGCUGAAGUGGUGAAGUUGGUGGACUCGACGACACAGGCACAAUUGAUUGCGGCUUGA